GUAUUGAAUACUGUCAUUGUUAUAUUGAAUACUAUCAUUUAUUUCCGAUACUUAGUACUUUGUUUGACUUUUCAACUUAUUAAGUGAAAAGACGAUUUUGCCCCUGGGUAUGAGCAAAAAAAAGCCGCUGGUAACAGCGAUGUAGCCUCCCUCGAUUUGGGAGUAGUAGUGUAUGAUCAAGGUGGGGGAUGACUAGAAUCUUAGAUGAUUGAGAUCUGAUUCAAUCUUUCUCUUUAAUCAAUUGUUAAUAAUUCCAGUAAAGCUUUGAAUCUCCCUCCUUCCUCCUUCCUCCUUCCUCAAUCCUCCUCUCAACUCUCAACUCUCAAUUCUCUCAACUCUCAACUCUCAACUCUCAACUCUCCCAUCACAUCACCUUCUCCUUCUUCCUUGCCCUCUCACACACUCCACGCCCUUUUUUCCACGUCUUCUUCACGACCCCUUCAUAUUUUAUUUAUUAUUUUAAUUCUAAUUAAAAUUUGAACAGUAGUUCAUUCUAAUAAUCUUCCUUCAACCAAACAUCUGCCCUUUCGUCAUGCUCAAUCUCCAAUUGAUUCUCUCAAUUUUCUUCUUUAUAUUCAAUUCCCUAAUCACGGCUCUUCAGUGGACUUUCUAGCUCCAUUCAUUCUCUUCUAAUCAAUGGCGGCAAAAUUCGGAUCAUUGAGGCAGAGUUUCGUCGAGAGGAGUAAGGAGAGAUUGCUAUCUCGUAAAGGCUACUCCGAAUUCGGGUUUUCGGGUUCCGACGGCGAUGUUGAUUUCAAUGAUGGUGUUCGAUGUGGUUGUUUCCGAUCAAUUUGUAGUCGGGUCAAGGUUGGGUGUUAUCGGUGGAUUUGUGAUGGAGUCUUGGGGUGUGUCAAUGGGUUGAGAGAUUUUGGGGUCAAUUUGUACGAAAUGGGGCGAUCAGACCCUAGGAAAGUGUUCUUUUCGGCGAAAAUGGGAUUGUGUUUGGUUGUGGUUUCUUUGCUCAUCUUUUUGACGGGCCCUCUUAAGGCUAUUAGCCAGUAUGCAAUUUGGGCGAUUUUAACUGUCGUUGUCUGUUUCGAAUAUAGCGUAGGAGCAUCUCUCAGUAAAGGUUUUAAUCGCGCUAUUGGUACUCUUUCUGCUGGAGCAUUGGCUUUAGGGAUAGCAGAAGUAGCAGUUCAUGCUGGAGAGUUCAAAGAAGCGUUUAUUGUAGCUAGUCUUUUCAUUGGAGGAUUCUUUGUGACUUAUGUCAAAUUAUACUCCAAGAUGAAACCGUACGAGUAUGGGUUCAGGGUGUUCCUGUUGACUUAUUGCUUAGUAUUGGUGACUGGAAAUAAAACAUCAAAUUUUGUUCAGACUGCAUCUUAUCGGUUAAUACUUAUUGCAAUUGGGGCUGGCAUUGCUUCUAUUGUCAACAUCUGUAUUUACCCUAUCUGGGCUGGUGAGGAUCUUCACAAACUGGUUGUAAAGAAUUUCAAAGGUGUUGCUACUUCACUGGAAGGCUGUGUUGAUGGGUACUUGCAGUGUGUGGCAUAUGAGAAAAUCCCUUCAAAAAUUCUUACAUACCAAGCUUAUGAUGAUCCCCUAUAUGGUGGUUACAGAGCAGCUCUCCAGUCUACAAGUCAAGAGGAAACUUUGUUGGACUUUGCCACUUGGGAGCCUCCACAUGGACCUUACAAAUCAUUUAAUUACCCAUGGAAAAACUAUGUUAAACUCAGUGGCGCUCUGAGACAUUGCGCUUUCAUGGUCAUGGCAAUGCAUGGAUGCAUUCUUUCAGAAAUACAGGCAUCAGCAGAGAAGAGACAGGUUUUGACCAAUGAACUUCGCAGGGUUGGUAAUGCUGGGGCGAAAAUAUUGCGUGAUCUUGGGAGCAAAGUUGAGAAAAUGGAGAAAUUAAUGGAAGAAGAUAUACUAGCAGAAGUACAUGCAGCAGCAGAAGAGCUGCAGAUUAGGAUAGAUGAAAAGUCAUAUCUGCUGGUAAAUUUUGAGAGAUGGGAAGAAGGAAAAAGACCCAAGGAAUUUGAAGAUCCGGAGCAUGUUGCCCAAAUGAAAGAUUGUGGAGGCAGUCAGCUUGUGAUAAACUCACUUAGUGUACUUAGCAUGGAUCCUGAACAUAUGCAUUCAUCUAUUGAUAUGACAGGUUCAAGAAUUUCAAUGAUUGGUGCUGGAACUUCAAUGCAAGGGAUGUUUUCUACUGACAGCAUGGCUGGUAGGACUCAGUGGCCUUCACGUCUUUCAAUUCUUCCUGACUUCACCAUUAAUGAAAAAGAAGCACAAACAUAUGAAAGCGCAAGCUCUUUGUCAUUAGCAACUUUUGCUUCUCUUUUAGUGGAGUUUGUUGCAAGGCUUGGAAAUUUGGUCGCUGCAUUUGAAGAGCUUAGUGAGAAUGCACAUUUCAAGGAACCAACAGAACUCCCAUUAGACAAUGAAAUCACUGGUUUCUGGACCAAGUUCAUUAUGUGCUUUCAGCUCAAAAAUUGAACUCCCAAUCGUGUAACUCAUGCAUGCAGCGUCCGCGUGGCUAGUUGAAAUCCUUGUUAUUUUUAUUCAAGGAUUCUGGUACUUGUCUACUCGAGUAAUUGGAGUGAUGGGCACUGUCAACUUAUAAGUAAUGUAAUGGAACUAGCUGUGCCUGUGGAGCUUCUGCUUUAACCAAAACAACACAAAAACAAAUUUUCAUUACGACACAAGCCAUUAUUUCUUUGUAACUUUCUUCUUGUGAAAUUUUUUGUUUACAGGCGCAUAAAUAAAUGGGACGCGGUACAAAAAUAAAGAGAUGUCAGCAUUAUGUAGUAAUAUUAUACAAGUAUGUUGUACUUGGGAGUUAUCUCAUCUAUUUUUGGCGAAGAAAGGAUCAGCAACAAGAACAAACCAUUCUACUGGGGUCUUCUAUUCUGUUUUUUUCAUUUUCAUCAGUUGAUUUUUUAUACGGAGUAAGAUAUUUGUGACAUGUAUAUUUGGGUCAUGAUUUUAUACCUAUGUAUAGUAAUGAAACAGUAUAUUGACUUUAUACCUAUGUAUAUUAAUGAAAUGGUACAUUGGCUUUUUA